CUGAAUUGGCCAGAUUUGCUGUGGAGGGGAUGUUGCUGUAGUGGGGAAUGGUUGUUCGCGAGCUGAAAUUGGCACAACUGGCAACUCUGCACUCAACGUUGUUUUUCUCGAGUAUUGUGGUCGACGGUCGAUACACCUGUCUAAUAAUUUCCACGCUAUUCUUCGUAGACCUGACUGUGUCUAGCUUUGACAACGAUAGAUACGACCGAGAUCGUUCAAGAUGUCUACCAUAGAGAAACCACAACUUCGCGGCCUUCACACGACGUCAAUUAGAAGGAAUAUUAUAGGGGUGUUAAUAAUUAGCUUUGCUACGGCAUACUCGUACAAGAUACUUGUCACUGAUAAGAGGAAGCAGAGAUACGCCAACUUUUACAAAACCUAUGACGCGGAGAAACAGUUAAAGAUCAUGAACGAGGCUGGUCUCAUGCAAUCCUACUUAAAAAAAUAGACUUAUGUAUAAAUAAUAGAAGAGCAGAAACUUGAGGAGUCAAAAAGGCUAAUCCUCUUUGGGAUUACAUGUUAUACCUAUAUGUAUAAUAAAUAAAUUUAACAUAGUAUUAUUA